UUUAAAAAUAAGGAAUAAUUUAGUUUUGAUAACAUCUUCAACUCAAAUUGACAAUUACAAUGAAAGGAUAAUUUUGGAAAACACAAAGUAGUGAAAAGACAUUUUAUAAAAUGGCAACUGGAAGUUCAUCUUUUUACAUGGGAUCUGACCUGAUUCAUGACUACAGUUGUUCCAAGUGUGAGGAAAAUGACUUGAACACUGAAGCCCAGCACUUCUGUCCAGAGUGUGAACACUAUCUGUGUGACAAGUGUGAGAGGAUACAUGGGGAAUAUUUCAAGAAACAUGUUGUGUAUGGGCGUGGAGACAUUCAGAAGUGGGCGGGGUUCUCAAUAGACAGAUGUGACCAACAUGGGGAAAAGUUAAAUGUUCACUGUGAUGACCACCAGGAAUUAUGUUGCCAUGUCUGUGUGUCGCUCAACCACAGACAGUGUAGCAGCAUAAGAUAUCUGCCUGACCUGGCUAGAGGCUUCUUAAAAACAGCAGAGUACAAGCAGCUGCCAGCAGCAGUAGACAAGAUAAGGAGCAGGCUAGAUGAGCUCAACAAUGCCAAGAUGAAAGACAAAGCCUCUCUGUGGGACUCAUACAAGAACGUGCUGGCUGAAAUAAAGAAUCUCCGCAAAGAGUUAAACCUGAUUUUAGACAAGCUUGAGAAGAAAACAGUUGAACAGUUGAUAGCAAGGUGAAGGAUAUAAAGAAGAGUUUGAAAGAUGACGUUGAAACUUGUGCUCAUAUGAAUGACCAACUGAAGACCAUGAUGGAUAAGUUAAAGCAGAUAACUGGGAAAAACAAGGAGACAAAUUCUUACAUUCAUCUAGCCGACAAUACAGUUGCUGUACCUAUUGAUGAUGGCAAUAAAACACAUGCGAUCUACAUCCUCACAGU